GAAAGGAGCUUCGGUCUAUGCCAAGUAUUUAUCUCUGUCUACAUGUAAUAGUGCAUUGUAUUCCGCACAUCGUGCAUGUAUGUAAGAGGUUUUACGUAAUUGAGCUCUAAUGGAAAUACAUAAGUAUAAGCUGACUGCUUUCAUUCCGUGAUUUUGUUUUUGUUUUUUGUUUUGUUUUAUUUAUUUAUCUAUUGAUAUUAUCACAUGCAUCAUUUCAAUAAGCGAUGAACUUUCUAACGCAUGUACGCCUUGCUAGAAUUCAUCUUGAUGCAGUCUUUUAUCAAUAAUUUGGAAUUUCCAUUUGAAAUUCAUAGUGAAUGUUUGAAAUAUUCCUGAACCAAUAAUUUAGAUAGUUCAGGUCUACUCUAUGGAAAAAUAUACAGAUCUUGGCAAACACGUAAAACAUACGAAAAAGUUUUUUUUAAAGUAAGGUUUUGUAUGAGUUACGCACAUGUGCAGUAUUCGCAAAUAAGUUACUCGUUCCGUGGAUGGCAAAAUUUGCUCCAUAUAGUGUUUUUCUUGUGGUGUUUAAAAAGAUUUUUAGUCGUGUCAAGAUCGGCAUUGGCCCUGUUGAUCGAUACAUCGGAUUUAAAUACAUAACGAAACGCCAAUAACAAAUACACGAGAGUGAAAUUCACCUUUUAUAUCGCCCGAGCAAUUUACAAUCCGUAAUAGGCACAUCAAUACUGAAACUUAUACUAUUCUGUAAAGUAGUGUUUGUUUUCGAGGGAAAUAUAUUUUGCUAAUUCAUGAUUAGAAAGUUGACAUGGAUCGUGAGUGUUAAUAGUGUCUUCACUGGCGUCCUUAGUUACCGGGAUACUUAUAACGUUAUCAUUCUGGGUGGUUCUUCGCGCAAUAUAGCAAAAUGAACAUGUGAUGAAUAAUUAAUACACAUAGACAUCAUUUCGUCGCUGAGGGAUAUAGUAUUAGUGGUGUAUCAUAUGCAAAAAUUUCCCGUUGACGGAAAAACUCUUUAGCUUCCUUAAUUUGGUGUUGUGAGUGAUAUUGUCAGUGGUACACUUUUGGAGAAUUUCUUAGUGGAAAAUAGUUUUUAAAAAUGGCUCCAGAUAUUCAAGAAAGAGGGAAAAAGAAGAGAGUUAUGAUUGGUGCUGAAUAUACAAGUCCUGGUCCUGCCCAGUAUCACCUUCCCACCACAGUCGGACAAAAUUCAAAUGACAAAACGAAACGAUCGUCGCCAUCCUUUUCCUUCGGUUCCAGACACUGGGAAUUUAGGAAAGAUGGACCCGGGCCGGCGUACAGCAUUGACAGUUCUUUUACCUCUAAAGGAAGGGAGACGAAACCCGCGUUUACAAUAUUGGGACGCGCCAGAACUCCAAAGAGAGACGUGAGUCCAGGACCUGGAGCGUAUGACACCGACAGACGGCCGACCAAAGAAAAGAACGCCCCACAGUAUUCCAUGAGCCCCCGAACAUCCCCUCGCCGGAUCGAUUUCACCCCUUCCCCUAACAUGUACGCCCUACCUUCAACGAUAGGCCCCAGGGUCCCCGACAGAAAAGGAGGGGCCCAGACGUCUAUACACGGGAGAACAAAUUAUUUGGAUUUUUCAGCUGAUCUCGCUAAAACCCCUGGACCAGCUAAAUACGGCGCGCUUCCGCCCUCUCAGACCAAACGAAGAGCGCCAUCGUACAGUUUAGGCGCCCGGGCCAAAACGCCAAGAGAUAUAAACAAAGUGCCAGGGCCCGGGCAGUAUAGCCCAGAAAACGUCAAAGCUCAUUUAGAAACCAGUCCCAGAUAUCAAAUAGGUGUUCGCCAUUCUCAAUACAUCAUGCCGGCACUACCACUAGCAAAUGUAGACUGAUGAAAAAUAUCUAUGAUUGUUCAUACGUGUAUUGACUGGACUUUUCACUGAGAUUUCCAAUAUUUAUUUAUCGCAUAUCGGUGCAUUAUUUAUAACACCAUAUACAUCUCAAAACUCAUAGGACAGAAAUGUCUGAACUUUUACGCAUUUUAUAACUAGUGGUUUGUCUUUUACCAUUGUUUGGAGGAAAGCUUUCUUAAACAUCAUGAUAAACAGACUAAAAUGAAGGAUAAUCAUGCGUGUUUCGUGACACUUCAAAUGAUAUAAAGCUGUUUUGAAAAUUGACCCCCCAAAAAACUUAUCUUGACAUUGUUUGGUUCUAAAUCUUUUUAAAGUUUGUUUUCGUUGAAUGACAAAUUGCAUCUCUCUCUCCCUCUCUCUCAUUUAAUAUGAUCAUCCAACUCUAUCUGUGAUAUUGUUCAAUAGAAGUAUCACUGAAACAUUUUACAGGAAAGCAUGUUUUAUUUGAAGUUAAAUGUAUAAUAAAAUUAUUUCCAGAGUUUAUUUAUUGAAUAGUUUGUGGGGUUUUUUGUUGUUGUUUUUUUUUUUUAUUGUUUUAUAUUUUUAUCUUAUUUUAUUUUAUUUAUUGUUUUGCCUUAAUGAUGCAUAUUGAUACUCUCUAUAAAAUUUCUUUUUGUAAUUAAAAUAUUUGUACAUCGCUA